UGUAGAAGAGCUGGUGCCUCAGUCAAUCCUUUAGUACAUGUUCAAUCACCAGCUAUCUCUGUCUCUCAGGAUCCAGUCUUCUGCACUAGGCUUCACAUCCUCAGAAUGGGUGACAUCUACAUCCGCCAUAUUGAGCUUCUUGGCUUUGAGAGAAGGUUUUUUCCCAGCCAGCACUACGUUUACAUGUUCUUGGUGAAAUGGAGUGACCUGUCAGAGAAGCUGAUCUACAGAAAGUUUUCUGAGAUCUACGCCUUCCACAAAGCACUGAAGGAGAUGUUCCCUAUUGAAUCCGGAGACAUUGACAUCAAAGACAAGAUCCUGCCCCCACUGCCAGCUCCUAAGUGGUUUGACAAUCAAAAGACAACAGAGACGCGGCAGGGCACGCUGGCUGAGUACUGCCACUCUCUGAUCAACCUGCCGCCCAAGAUCUCACGCUGCCAGCUUCUGCUGCGCUUCUACCAGGUGCGCGAUGAGGACGAGAACCCACCCGCGCCACACCCGUACAAGAAGAAUGAAACCUUUCUGAUGGCUAAAGACAAUUCAAGGAGCAACACAUCAGAGAUCACAGGACCCAUCAUAUUGCAGACCUACAGAGUCAUCGCAGACUACAACAAGAGCUCCAAGUACCAGCUCGACCUCAAGGAAGGAGAGCAAGUGGAUAUAGUGGAGAAGAGUACCAAUGGCUGGUGGUUCUGUCAGUGUGAGUCUCGACGUGGCUGGGUCCCUGCUUCCUACCUGGAGCCACUAGAGGGCCCUGAUGAGACAGAGGAGCAGGAGCCCAACUAUGCAGGGGAGCUGUUUGUCACCACAAAGGCCUACACUGCUGAACAGGAUGACGAGCUCACUCUCCAAGAGGGCGAGACCAUCGAGGUGAUCCACAAGCUGCUGGAGGGCUGGUGGGUCAUCAGGCAGGGAGAGCAGACAGGACACUACCCCUCCAUGUACCUGAGGAAGUCUGGAGAGAGCCGGGCUACAGAUACUGAGAGAGAGUUCGAUCAGAGAGCUGCUCCCCCGCCUAGGAGAUCCACGAUUCGGAAUGCUAAGAGUAUUCACAAUCGGGGCCGGCAGAGAAUUUCCCAGGACACGUACCGUCGCAACAGCCGUCGAUAUCUGCACCAGCGUGGCCAGCGAGAGGCUUAUAGAACCCCUGCAAACCAGCACCAAAAGAUGUACAGUGUGCAAGAGAGCCAGGCCAACAAUGAGAACGAUAACCAGAAUGGCAGCACCCCAUCUCUCUCAGACCAGACAAAGGCACUCCCCAGUGUGCCCCCUCGUCCCAGCAAAGAGGUCAUCCUGGAGCGAUGUACCGAGCACACACGCAAGAAGGUCAGCAUCCGAUACUCUGUCUGAAAGCUGCUGCCACAGCACACCCUGCUGCUGGGAGGUGCACUCAGUCAUUCUGUAUUCAGUGUGAGUCCAGACACUCUGGACUGUUUCAAAAGGAAGCUGGAACACAUACUUUCUUUCCCAUAUUUUAGGGUUCAGAGAUCUUUGUGAAACUGGUUUAUGACGCAUCCAUAAAUUCCAAAUAAGCUUCCUUUGUUUUGUGCAUUCUAGUUUAGUUGUGUAUAGUUAAUAUUCAUUUAAAUUAGCCUAUUUUUCAGUAUCGCUGUGCAAGAAAGGCAUUCCCUUUGCUCUGUCCCUUGUUGUCCAUAUCUCACUGUUAUAUGUUUAAACAUAUUUUUCACUCUUUUGAAAAUCACACAUCAUGGGUCGUAAAAUGAACUGGGGAAUACAUUUCUCAGCACCGGGAGUGUUCAACAGUAGGAAGAAAAAUUCUAUUUUAAAUAUCGCGUGUAUCCAGAACAUGCUCCCUCCUGCAACAAUGCUGGUUUCCUGCUUUCACAAUACAAAGUUUAGAAGAAAAAGGUCCUUCUUCUGGUGUGGCAGGGCAGGAAGGCCUUGCGUGUAAAUAGGGGGCAGGGCAAAGCCCUGCUGAUAAAUAUGUUGAAUUGUGGUGAUAUUGGCUCGAUGUAUGGUAUGUUUUAAAUGUGUUAUUGCAAGGGCAUUUAUAAUAAUGGUUUGCAGAUGAAUGUAUUGUUAUGAUAAAUGUAUUGUAUUAUUAUUUAAAAUGUAUUAUUGUUUGGUUUGGCUAUGGUCUGACAUAGGCGAUGGUGGCAGCUGGUCAGAUAUCUCGUGAGAAUGUAUGGCCAGCAGUGAAUUAAUUAACAGGGUGGAUGUCGACCAUGCAGAUAUCAAUCUCACGCAGAACGUGACCAUCUCCAGGUUUAUUCAUUUAUUGCUAAUCUGGAGACGGUCACAUGUAUAAAAACCCAUAGCUUUGGCUGAGCAUGGUGGGUGUUCAAGGAGGAGGAACAGGAGCAAGAGAGAGGAGGAAGAUUGAAAAUGAAAGUUAAAAGAUUGCUACGUGUGUUGGAAGCACCAGCACGGUACAUGUUUGGGUGGAGGGACUGUUUUUGUUUAAACUUUUAUUUUGGCUCUGUGAGCAUUGUUUUUUUUUUUUUGUUCAAACCUUUGUUUAAUAAAAACACGCCUUUCAACCAGCGUAGCCAUGUGUCUCUGUCAGCUUUCUGGUCUGAGGACGUCACCACAAGCCGUACCGUCACACCUGGCGAUGAAAGCUGAAGAAAAGUAAUUCCCCAGUUGAUGUACCUGUGAUGUGUGAAAACAAAGAUCAAAGCAAUAGGAAAUUGAAAAAUAUACAACUACAGCCAACCCAGAAUAAAGCAAAGGGAAUGUAAUAUGUUUCUUAUAAACACUGCAGGGGAAUCUGUAGCACAGAAUGUGGUGAUAAUUUAACGAGUCCCCAAUCUCAAGACAUGUAACCGUGUACACUGCUGUGCAAAAG